AGCUUCGCACAUUCCUCCUCUUUUUUGUUAUUUUCAUUUUUCUUCCAGCUACCAUCGCCAUUCGCCACACCACCGCCUUCGCUGCUGAUGACUGCCGCCGCCCUCGCAUUACCAAAUACUAAGUUCUGUGGAAUGGAGGAGUCAUCGUGGCUGCUGAACAAGAUAAUGCUUCAUGCAGUGUGCAAGUAUGUUCUAAUUUACGCAUAGAAAUCAUUCCAAAAUGCUUCCGCUCUCUACACUGCUAAAAAGCGGUUUCACUCCCACACCGAAACAUUUCAGCAGUUUCUUUAUCUUUCUCUCCCGGAAUCGAAGAUUCCAAUCCAUCAUUCACCUUUUCUCCCAACUCAGUCGCAAUAAUAUUGAAGCUGAUGUCCAAACCCGCACAAUUUUUACCGAAGCUCUACUGAAACAACACAAAUAUGAAGAAGUAGCUGAUAUCUUGAAAAACCUCACCGGGAAAUCCAAUUUUCUGCAUAAAAACCGAAUAUUCAAUUCUUUGAUUCAGGGCAUUUGCAGUUAUAAUCGAGAUCCUGAGAGGGGGCUGUCUUUGUUCAAGGAUUUCAUGAAAAGGGAGGCAGUUGUUCCAUCUUCUCACACUUUCUGUUCGUUGAUUAGCUGUUUUAGCAGAAUGGGGAAAAUGGAUAGGGUGAUUGAUUUGUUGGAAUUUAUGUCUGAUGAUAAAUUCAAGUACCCUUUUGAUAAUUAUGUUUGUACUUCUGUUAUGCUUGGUUUUGUAAAGACUGGGGAGCCUGAACUCGCAGUUGGGUUUUAUGAGACUGCUCUGAAGUCAGGUUCUUUGACUCCUAAUGUCGUUACUUGUACAACAGUUUUGAGUGCUUAUUGUCAAUUAAGAGAUGUUGAUAAUGUUUCACAUUUGGUUACUUGGAUGGAAAGUAAUAAGUUGGCCUUGGAUGUUGUGUUUUAUACUACUUGGAUGUAUGGAUGUUUAAUGGAAGGAUUGAUUUAUGAGGCAUUUCAAAAGUAUAGAGCAAUGGUGAAUACAAAAGUUGAGUUGGAUACUAUUGCUUACACUAUACUCAUAGAUGGAUUUUCGAAAAAUGGAUAUGUGGAAAAGGCUGUAGGAUUUCUGUGCAAGAUGAGAAAGGACGGACUUGCACCAAGUUUAGUUACCUACACUGUGAUUAUUUUGGGGUUCUGCAAAAAAGGGAAAUUAGAUGAGGCAUUUGCAGUUUUUAGCAUGCUUGACAGGUUGGGGAUUGAAUCUGAUGAGUUUACAUAUGCUAUUUUGAUUGAUGGAGUUUGUAAAAAGGGUGAUUUCGAUCUUGUAUAUCGCCUGCUUGAUGAAAUGGAGAAGAAAGGUAUAAGUCCUGGUAUUGUCACAUACAAUACUGUCAUCAAUGGAUUAUGCAAAGUUGGGAGGACAUCUGAGGCAGCUGAUUUUUCAAAGGGCAUAGUUGGAGAUCUCAUCACAUAUAGUACACUGUUAAAGGGUUAUGUUGAAGAACAAAAUUUCUCUGGGAUUUUAGAAACUAAAAGGAGACUGGAAGCGGAAGGCAUUCAGAUGGAUCUGAUCAUGUGUAACAUACUAAUAAAAGCCCUGCUUAUGGUCGGCUUGUUUGAGGAUGCACUUGCAAUUUAUAAGGGACUACCACAAAUGGACUUGUCGCCGAACUCUGUUUCGUAUUGUACUCUGAUUGAUGGAUAUUGUAAAGUAGGUAGGAUCAAUGAGGCACUUGAAAUAUUUGAUGAUUUCCGCAGGACCUCAAGUCCUUCAGCUGCUUCUUACAAGCGUAUUAUUUUAGGGCUCUGUGAUGAGGGUAUGGUUGACAUGGCCAUUGAUGUGUUUAUUGAAUACAUGUGGAGAGACAUGACUUUGGAUAGAACAGUGCAUAUGAUGUUGAUUGAAGCAACAUUGAACAGAAAAGGUGCAGACGGUAUUUCAGAAAUGAUCUGCAGAAUGGACGACAGAGGGCUUCGAGAAUUACAUAUUGUCUGUAAUGAUGCCAUUUCUUUCCUCUGCAAAAUGGGUUACCCUGAGGCAUCAUACAGUACACUAGUGGCAUUGAGAAGUAAACAAUUAGCAUUGGAAAAUAUGGGUUAUUAUUCAAUAAUAAGAGCACUUUUGUUUAAAGGUAAUAUAUUAUGGGCUCAGCUUAUUCUGACUUGCUUUAUUAAGAUAUAUGGCAUGUCUGAUCUUAAUGUUUGUAAGAUUAUAGUAAAUUACCUGUGUUUGAAUAAUGUGAAAAAAUCCCUACUAUUUCUCUCACGAAUGAAUGAGAAAAAGUGGAGUGUGACUAUUCCUAUUUCCACUUUUAUGACACUUACAAAAGAUGGAAAAAUUGUGGAUGCAUAUGAGCUCAUGAUGGGAGCAGAAAGUAACCUUCCUCAUAUGGAUGUUAUCAAUUACUCCAUUAUGAUUGAUGCCCUCUGUAAAGCAAAGCACAUCAACAAAGCAUUAGAUCUUUGCAUUUUAGCUAAGAAGAAGGGAUUAGCUAUCAACAUAGUCAUCUAUAAUUCUGUCAUAAAUGGGCUCUGCAGCCAAGGUUGUCUGCUUGAAGCUUUUAGAUUGUUUGAUUCACUUGAGAAAAUAGAUAUUCUUCCUACAGAGGUUACAUAUGGUACACUUAUUAACGCUUUAGUUAAAGAAGGACUUCUACAGGAUGCCAGGGUUCUCUUUGAGAGGAUGUUUCUCAAGGACCUUAAGCCGAAUACUCAUAUUUAUAACUCAUUGAUUGAUGGUUAUUGCAAGGCAAGUUUACUUGAGGAAGCUACAGAGAUUUUCCAGGAUUUGGAGUUACGAAAUGUUAAGCCAGAUGGAUUUACAGUUGGUGCACUGAUCAAUGGUUACUGCCAUAAAGGUGACAUGGAAGGAGCUCUUAAAUUUUUCUUUGAGUUAAAAGCUAUGGGUUUGUUACCAGAUUUCCUGGGAUUCAUGUAUCUCCUUCGGGGUUUGUGCGCCAAAGGAAGGAUGGAAGAGUCUCGGAGCAUUUUGAGAGAAAUGCUUCAGACCCAGUUAAUCAUUGAUCUCUUACGAAGGAUUGAUACUGGAGUUGAGUCUGACUCAGUGGAUAAUCUACUUGUCUUUCUCUGUGAGCAAGGACGUAUUCAUGAUGCUCUUGCCUUACUUGAAGAAGUUGGGUCCCUGCUUUUCUCUGCAAGGAGUAUUUCUUCUUCGCAUGUAUUGGAUCAACAUGAACUGAAAGCAGACACUGAAGUAGCUCCUUCAAGCUAUGCUGGAUCUGAUUUUCUUUCCCUGUCAUCUGAUGACAGAAAAGUGGAAGACCUGCUAAAUUCCAUUGAACCUGGAAAAACGCAUCACUUGAAAGAUUUUAAUUCUUUCUAUUCUCUUAUUAAUUCACUGUGUUUGAAGGGGGAGCUGGCUAAAGCAAAUAAGUUGACUAAGUUGCUUAUAAAAUCAUGAGUUGUUUGCUGCACAAAAUGUGCAUCUCCUGUCUAGAUAGUAUAUGGGUUUCUCUUUUGUCACAGGAAUGAGAUCUGUGCGAGUAGCAUCUGCAGAUUCUUCACCACUUAUGAUAGAUUACCAAAAUUGAUCCAAUGCUAAGGUACCAUCUGACUACCCAAAGGUUCAACUCUACCUCAGAGCAGGAGUUUGUACACCCCUUCACCAAUAUCAUGCUGUGGCUGUGGUUUUUGCGUUACAAUAAAGUGAUUCAUGUAAACUCACCAAAUGUCUUGAUGGAAUACUGGAAGAAGAUCUUGUAGUGUUCAAUCCUCAUGUUAAAUUUAUGCUUAUGCAUAUCGAUUACUGCCGCCACUCAUCGUUCCAUCGCUCACCAAACUGAAACGAAAACUCGGCCGCCAUUUCCCGAUUGCCCAUCAAACUCUGAUGGAGACUCAACUAUCGCCUCAAACCAACGUCGCCCAAAACGAGCGUGUGUGAAAAGGACACAAGCUCAGUCAAUACAUUGAGGGCUAUGACGUCGGAAAUUAGAGCAGUGUUCCCAAAAAUGUCUUACAUUUGGUUCAGAGGUACUUGGAUGAGUAUAUCUAUGGGUUGUCAUCAGUGGUCUUGAGAAUCAAUGUCUGGGAAGCGUAUCUGAGUCAUGGAGGAGCAUAUAGGCUGGAGAAGUGUGGAGGCGAAGAAUAUCCUAUUAAAAUUUGCUUCAUGCCAAUGCGGAAAAGAAAAAGACAUUUAAUAUUUGUAUGCAAAUUUGAUUUGUGUUUUACAAGAGUACUAUUAUAAUUCUAUUUUUUUUGUUCUUUGGUUUAUUUUCUUUACUAUGUUCACAUGUACAAUUGUCAAUGUUAAUUAUAAUUGACGUAUUUGACA